AUGCUGCCACGCGAUUCGAAAUGGGGGGAACUCAUCAAACAAGGACGCGUACAAUUAACGCCUUUGAUGAUACCAAAAUCUCAUGAUUUUGACGUCAAAGACUCCCAAUUCUUCAGCAAAUUCACCAAGCUGCCCUCACAGAAGAAGUUCGCUCGCAGGCCAAAUCCCAACAUCUCGCAGGAGAUCUGGGGCUGUUUGUCAAAUGAGGAAGUGCUGCGAGAAUUUCAGAGGGUCAGUGUCUCUAUGCUCUCGGCCAGCUCCUCAAAGAUCAUAUCCCAGUUCCGGAGAUAUACGGGUAGCGGGAGGAGGGUGUUUCGAUCUGUUGUGAGCUCCGGACAAUCUACAACAGCCUUCGCAACCUUGAACAGAAGCCAGCAGAAUCAUUCAUAG